AGUCGACGCCUCUUUGCUGCAACUAUCCGAUCAGCUACCCGAAUUCUAUCAUCAUCGAUAUGAUGUUGAUCAGAAACGAUCGCGUGGGGUACGGAUAAGGUGCAAUUGAAAAAUGGCUCCUGGUCAGAACACCUUCACGAUCAUCCCAAACGCGCCCGGCGCCAUCAAUGGCGACUCGGACACUUCUCAGUCCCGCUCUAAUAUACGGCCCAUGACCACCAAGCAAGCCAAAAAGGCCUAUCAGAAAGCGAAUAAGGGACCGAAGUUAUCCAAAGCCGAAAAGCGACGCCAGGAACUCUUCGAACAAGAUCGUAUACGGAAAGAGUUCGAAAGGGAGAAAAACCAGGCUCGUGCGAAGGCUGCGCGGGAUAGGAAGAGGGAGAAAGAGGAGAAAGAGCGCGCAGAAAAGAAGAAGAAAGGAUUGCCGCUAGUUGAUGUCCAUCCAUCACAGGAUACAAUUGCCUGGUUUGUUCGUGGCAAGAGCAAGAAAAAACACGACAAUUCGGUAGUAAGCUUGCCCGCUGUCAGUAAACAUGACAGCGAUGAUUGCGAUGGCCGCAAUGACCGCACCUCGUCAUCCGAUGAGAAUGAGCCCGAGCCGCCUCCGAAAAGGCAAAGGACAGAGUCACCGGCACCGGCUCCGGCUCCGGCUCCGGUACCUAUGGAUGCAGAUCUAGGUGUAGAUCCAGAUCCGGAUCAUAGUCCGAGCCCUGCAGGGGUAAUCGGCGAUUCAAUGUCAGCAGCCCAAACAGCCCAGAUAGCUCAGGGUCUCGACACCGCCGGAGAGACACCUCAACUUCCGGAGGUGGACGAUUUAGUCGAAAGAUGCCCGACGCCGGACCAUCCAGACAUCGAUAUAGAUGAACCUGAAACGAUAGAGUCGCUUCCCGAUGAGCUAUUCAAUGAGUUAAUUGAUGCGACUAUUAGCUCAUCUAGAGAUGAGGCGGGUGUUCCUAAUACAGACCUCCGAAGGCCCUCAUCAAGGGAACACGAAUCCUCAAACAACAAACCAUCACCAAAGCCAUCCAAAGAUUGCAUUCGAUCACCGACCCUAGUCAAGGAUUUGCCGCUAGAACAGAAGGCAGAGGAUAGUGCAUCGCUGUCUCCUAUUCAACGUCCACUCCAAGCAUUAAGCGCAACGAAGGUCAAUUCAAGAAUAAGCAAUACGCCUAAAGAGCCUACCCCCGAUCGGGGAAAUUUGGUGAACUCGCCAGCUCAAGCACCUAGGAGAGACCAGCUGUCAGCGUCAAUAUCACGAUCUUUUCAUCACCCCAAAACCCCAAUGGGGCCACCCCCUAUUCCACCGAAAUUCAAAUCACGUAGCCCUGCACCAUCUAGAGACCUAAAGACACCAACUUUCUUAGUCAAACAGACUCACACGCCUAAACCCAAGCCCAACCCUCACGAAAGCUACGCCUAUCAGAAAACACGAGAAGAGCUUCCACCGACGAGUACGCAACUAUUCAUGCUUGGUCAUCUUGAAGACUUCUUCCCGAGUCCUUCUCAAGAAGUAAGAGAGCUCUUCGAAGAACCAAAGUCUGCUGGCAUUGGAAUAGGCAGCAGCGCAUCUAAAACGAGAACCACGUACCCGACUCGCUCAUCCCCUAGCAACAAUCGGUCUACCAAGUCGAUAUCAAAUACGUCGGAUCUCAAUCGCUUACCACCCAUUACUACAAAUAGCAAACCCAAAUCACACCCUAUCCAAGAUAAUGCUUUUUCCACUGACGCAAGUAGCUGGCUUCCGGCUCCAACUGCAAACGUUCCAUCCUCGGGAAAUUAUGAUGCGUUUGAUAUGCCUUUUUUCUCGACGCAGGAUUUUGUUCUCUCGUCACAAGACAUGAAAGACCUCGAGAAUGAAACGACGUCACCAUUGAGAUCCAAGCAGAAGAAUCAUAGUCUUCAGUCUGACAAUGCAGCUAGUAACCCUGGCCGAUGUUUGCUUAAUGUGACCCAAUUUGGUGUCAACACGUAUUCGACAACCUCUAUAUCCCUAUCGCCUAAAAAGAAUAUCAAAGAGCUAGGACUCAUCUCGAGAACGGUAUCGGCCGGAGGAAAUCAUCAACUAGCUUCUCCUUGCCCACCAGCUGGAACCGUUGGAUGUCCUAAAGGCUCGAGUCCAAUACGCAGGAACGCCACAUCGUCCAACCCCCGGAUAGAAGACGGAGUGAAGCCCCUCGAGAAAGCUGGACACGAAGUACUUCCUACGACUCAUGGACAUCAUCGAUAUAAAGCACUUGAUACGCUGCAUAUCAAGAAUGAUGCGGCACAGCCGCGUAAUUCGCCGAAGCCAUUUUUCGCCUCGAGCGGUCGGGAAGCGCACUACAAAUACGUCAUAGAGAGGAGCAAGACAGCCUCGUGGGAGGGUAUUUCAACCCGACAAACGGUCCAAGCAGGGCUACAGCGUUUCCAGAGAUCAGAGAACGAACGCUCCGACAAGAUAUUGACAGAGCGCAUCACAGGAGAUAAAGACGGACAUGUCAUCGACAAUUGCACUCCUAGUUCAGGAUCGAGACCAACAGACUCAACGCCCAGACCAAAAACCCAACCGAAGAGUCAAUCACAGCCACGAUCUAUCAAUCAGCUGUCAGGCUCGGCAGGAAAUGGUAUACAGAGCCCGAAGGCAGAAGAAGUAGUCGAAAAGCGUCCGCGCCAGAAUAAUUCUCGGAGUUCAUACGAGGAAAUGCUAGAAAUGCUAAAACAGAAAGAGACCCAAAAACAAGGGCAGCAAGCAAUGUCGGCGUCGCAAGAAACGGACUACGGAGAGGCGGGGCUAGACGAUGUGCUUUGCGAGAUGCUAUAGCAAAUAGGCUCUAUCUUGGUGAUACCAGAUGGAAGUGGUUGGGUAUUGAUGGCCCGGAGGCGAGUCUGGCAUGUGAGCCUAUUCUAUGUGAAUAGGACAUGAUAGAGCAUAGAGGGCGCUAGCCAUACUUAUAGCAUAGGAAAUCACGAAGUUUAUGAAUGAAGCUGAAUUAAGACCAAAUCCAGGAUAGUACGCUCAGGUAUCAAUGUCGAGCUAUCGCCUCGGGUCUCGUACUAGAAGUUCUGGUCCUCUGGAAAAUACAAACUUUUGCUAUCCCACC